AUGGAAUCAAGAUCAACACCGAGCUCGAAUACAUCUCAAACACAGUCAAUGAUGACGAAACCAUCUUCUGUUGAGCCAACGCGACCCACAGUACCGUCCUACAACACGGCCCACAGCAUCGUCAACCCAUUCGACAGAAUCAUCAACGAGACAUUCGUCUACAAUAACGCAUCCAAUGAUCACGAAACCAUCUUCUCAUCCUACAACACGAUCUACAGCGCCGUCAACGCACUCGACAGAAUCAUCAACGAGACAUUCGUCUACAAUAACGCUUCCGAUGAUCACAAGACCAUCUUCUCAUCCUACAACACGACCCACAACAUCGUCAACGCAUUCGACAGAAUCAUCAACGAGACAUUCGUCAACAAUAACGCAUCCAAUGAUCACGAAACCAUCUUCUCAUCCUACAACACGAUCUACACCAUCGACUACGCAUUCGACGGAAUCAUCAACGAGACAUUCGUCAACAAUAACGCAUCCAAUGAUCACGAAACCAUCUUCUCAUCCUACAACACGAUCUACACCAUCGACUACGCAUUCGACGGAAUCAUCAACGAGACAUUCGUCUACAAUAACGCUUCCGAUGAUCACGAGACCAUCUUCUCAUUCUACAACACGAUCUACAGCGCCGUUAACGCACUCGACAGAAUCAUCAACGAGACAUUCAUCUACAAUAACGCUUCCGAUGAUCACCAGACCAUCUUCUCAUCCUACAACACGAUCUACACCAUCGUCAACGCAUUCGACGGAAUCAUCAACGAGACAUUCGUCUACAAUAACGCUUCCGAUGAUCACAAGACCAUCUUCUCAUCCUACAACACGAUCUACACCGUCGACUACGCAUUCGACGGAAUCAUCAACGAGACAUUCGUCUACAAUAACGCUUCCGAUGAUCACAAGACCAUCUUUUCAUCCUACAACACGAUCUACUCCAUCGUCAACGCACUCGACAGAAUCAUCAACGAGACAUUCGUCUACAAUAACGCUUCCGAUGAUCACGAGACCAUCUUCUCAUCCUACAACACGAUCUACACCAUCGUCAACGCAUUCGACGGAAUCAUCAACGAGACAUUCGUCUACAAUAACGCUUCCGAUGAUCACGAGACCAUCUUCUCAUCCUACAACACGAUCUACACCAUCGGCUUCGCAUUCGACGGAAUCAUCAACGAGACAUUCGUCUACAAUAACGCUUCCGAUGAUCACGAGACCAUCUUCUCAUCCUACAACACGAUCUACACCAUCGUCAACGCAUUCGACGGAAUCAUCAACGAGACAUUCGUCUACAAUAACGCUUCCGAUGAUCACAAGACCAUCUUCUCAUCCUACAACGCGAUCUACACUGUCGACUACGCAUUCGACGGAAUCAUCAACGAGACAUUCGUCUACAAUAACGCUUCCGAUGAUCACGAGACCAUCUUCUCAUCCUACAACACGAUCUACACCAUCGUCAACGCAUUCGACGGAAUCAUCAACGAGACAUUCGUCUACAAUAACGCUUCCGAUGAUCACGAGACCAUCUUCUCAUCCUACAACACGAUCUACACCAUCGACUACGCAUUCGACGGAAUCAUCAACGAGACAUUCGUCUACAAUAACGCUUCCGAUGAUCACAAGACCAUCUUCUUAUCCUACAACGCGAUCUACACUGUCGACUACGCAUUCGACGGAAUCAUCAACGAGACAUUCGUCUACAAUAACGCUUCCGAUGAUCACAAGACCAUCUUCUCAUCCUACAACACGAUCUACUCCAUCGUCAACGCAUUCGACCAAAUCAUCAACGAGACAUUCGUCUACAAUAACGCUUCCGAUGAUUACGAGACCAACAACGCGUUCCACUGCUCGGCCUGUUUGGGGUCCUACAUUUUUUACGACGGUUUCGACUUCAACUAA